UGAUAAACAAUCAACAGAGUCACACACUACCAACGAACGAACGGUGACGGCCACCACCGGACAAUCAGCUAAGUAGCGGCGGAGUUUUCAACAGCAGUCUAAACACAAAAUCGACGAGAAGGCCGUGUUGUGGUAGUUACCUCCCCACCGCAACGCGUAUAACAAAGUUUUUUAACAUUUCAUGGAUUUUUAUUACUCUCGGUGUCAUAGCGGAAUUUGUAAUUUUUUUUCAGUACGACAACAUUCAUGCAUACCUACAGACGAUUAAACGAAUAUAGCCAAUCGCUUAUUAAAGUCGCUAAAAUUUGUUCACUGAGCAAAUAAAUUGUUUAUCGAUCGUUCCGUUUCGAAAACCGAAAACCAUACCCCACCCCUUGGUAGAUAAAUAAAUGAACAAAUGUUGUAUUGUGAAAAGUUGCCGAUUGACAAAUAGUACAAAAAACAGCAAAGUUCUGCGAAAUCAUUGUGGGGUGUAUUGUGUAUAUGCAGCCAAGUUCUUAAGUGUUUCAAGUGUAGUGGUGCUUUGUGCUUGGAAUUAAUUAUGAAUCUUUCGAAUUGUCAAAUUGUCAUUUUUGCACUCUACGACAAUCUAAAUUCGUACUCAAACGGCCACCAGUGUUGCGUUUUUUUUAAAGUGAUGUCACUACAGAUUUUCAAUUCAAUCGCUAUUCGAGAGAAUUGCUAGAAAAUCUAAUAAAGAAAGCAAACAUUCCAAUCAGUGUUCCGUGUUCGAUAAAGCAGCAGCAGCAGUAAUAAUGGCUACAGCAACAACAACAUCUUAGCGUAACCUUAUCUAAGUGCCCGCAUCAGAUUAUUGCUAUGAGUACGUGUUAAAGACGUUUUUUUUUAAACUUAAAAAAUAAAAACAAAUCGAAGGUAAUAGGUGCAACAAUUUAUUAUCGAAAUACAAAUAAUACACCUGUAUGGUGUGGUAUCCCUAGAAACUAAUGCCCAAAUGCUUAAUAAAUAAACCAUGGCAUAUGAAAGUGAAAAGUGAAUAAAUAAACAAAACGUACAAAAAAAAAACAACACCAAACAUCAAUACCUCUGCAUGGCAUUUAAUCGAAUAACAAAAUCCAAAAGGUAAACAAAUCAACAAAACCAAAAAAAAUCUACGACGAACUUCUGGUUCUGUUCUACCAACAACUUUACACUUUGCCAUACACCUUACCUUAGACAGCAACAACAAGAUCUAAGCAGCACCACAGAGGGGUAGUAGAGGCAAAAAGAGGCUCUUCACAACACAGAUCAGCCAACAAAACGAAGCAAGUGCUUCUUGAGGCGAUUAGUCAUCUGAUGCCAGUCACUCAUUUCAUUCCAGACCAGCCCAGCAGCAGCAUUUAAAUGAUGUUCCAAACAAUACAUAUUUCAUGUUGAAUCACCGUUUUAAUCGAGUUAAUAUUUUUACCUGGAAAUUCACACUAACAACAGUAACAACAACAACAAACGUCUCAAACUCUCUUGCACAAGCAGAGCAGCCUCUGAAUUUCUUCUUCAGCUAUAUACAACACACAGAGAGAGAGAGAGAGAGAGUAAAAAGAAAUCCACACGGCAAAUACAUCUGUCAAGUAGUUCUGAACAUUUCGACUCAGCAUCUUUUAUUGAAUUGAAUUCAUCAUGAGCACUGACGCCACAUAUGACAGCAUUGCUGCUACCACAGAUGAAAAUAUGACGGCAUCAACAGUAGAACAACUAUUUUCACCAUCCAUGCUAACGUUUGCGGCCGUCAUGACCCUGCUUAUAAUGGUUGUUGGCAUAUUUGGUAACUUCUUAACAGUGGCAGCUUUAAUCAAAUGUCCCAAAGUGCGAAAUGUGGCAGCAGCAUUUAUUAUGAGUUUGUGUAUUGCCGACUUAUUAUUUUGUGCUCUGGUGUUGCCAUUUAGUGCUUUCCGCUUCAUUGAAGGCACUUGGAAGCCGCGAGAUGUUCUUUGCAAGAUGAUACCAUUUAUACAGUAUGGCAACAUUGGUGUUUCAUUACUAUGUAUUGCUAUGAUCACCAUUAACAGAUAUGUUAUGAUAGCCCAUCACAAUUCGUACGGGAAAAUCUACAAACGCCAUUGGAUUGCUGCUAUGAUUGUAUUCUGUUGGGUUUUCUCAUAUGGCAUGCAGCUGCCAACCCUGGUUGGGGCCUGGGGUACUUUUGCAUACGAUGAAAAAUUAGGCACUUGCUCCAUUCGGGAAGAUGACCAUGGCCAUAGUAGUAAAACCACACUCUUCGUUACGGCCUUUGUAAUACCCUGUAUAAUUAUUAUCGCCUGCUAUACGAAAAUCUUUUGGGUGGUACACAAAUCGGAGCAAAGGCUAAAACGUCAUGCAAACAAGCAGAAUUCAAUACCAAAUAAUCUGAGGCCUCCACCCUCGGCGGCAGCCAGCAAUAUGGAUGCGGCAAAUCUUCAGAGUAGGGUGUCAUCGAGCAGCAGUUUUUCCACGGAUGUCAAGCAAGAAUCGAUUCAAAAGCAAUCCACCUCACGCAUUAAGGACCAAAGAGAGGUGCGGGCCAAGCGCAAUGAGUGGCGCAUCACCAAAAUGGUGUUGGCCAUAUUCUUGAGUUUUGUUGUCUGCUAUCUGCCCAUAACAAUUGCCAAAGUCGCUGACCAGGAGGUGGAGCAUCCCAAUUUACACAUACUCAGCUAUAUAAUGCUGUACUUGUCGGCUUGCAUCAAUCCCAUCAUAUAUGUGAUCAUGAACAAGCAGUACCGCAAGGCGUACCGAACGGUUAUCAUGUGUGAGCCCUCGCGUCUACUGCCUUUUGGCAAGCACGGCACGGGCGCCAAUGGCGGCGGUGGCAGUAGUGCUGCAGAGAAAUGGAAAGAUACCGGAUUGAGCCACAACCACAGUCGCACUAUUGUCUCGCAAAUGUCGGCAGUGGAACAGCCAAAUACCAGUUGCAGCAGUUCCGCCCAAGUCUCAGCUAUGGAAUUGACAGCAGCGCAAACAAGUACGCCGUCAGCGGCGGCGAGCGACAGUGCAGCAAACACGAAGGAAUCAAUCCCAGUGGCAAUGGCAGCAGCGGCGGCAAUACCUUCAUCUAUCAAGAAAGACGAGACAUCAGCAGCAACAAAGCCAGAGGCAGCGAAGAGCUAUCAAUCUUUGCCAGACCAGAGCACAGAGAAUCUAAAUCUAAACCCCAAUACCGGCUGCAGUCAUCCCAGCAACAACAACAACAACAACAAUCUCAAACAGCGCAAUGGCAACAACCCGACAACGACGACGCGCCCCUUAAAAGAGAUCAAUCGCAUAGCCCUGGUGGGCGGAGAUAUCAUUUUGGAAGAGGAGGAAGAGGACGAGGAGGUGACACAGGCAGUGGCAGCACCGAAGACGGAGACUGCUGUGCCCUACCCUAUGGAAGCAGUGGCCACAGUACCCGCCGUGCCACCUCCUCCGCCACCCCACAUAACCACAGCAGUACCACCGGCAGCCCCCACUACACCGGCAGCACGACCCGUGCCAGUGUACGUGAACGCGAGUGUAUUGCACCAGAAGAAAAACCCAUCCUAUGGUCAAAACAUAAACGUCACUCCAGAUAGUAAAAACUCCUCAAAACAACUUCUUACCAAAACAGCAAUCCCAAAAGACUCCAUCUAAUGCUUUAACUAAACAAUUAAGUCAAUCUCCAACUAGGGAAUAAGCAGAAGGCCCCAAUGGCACGUACUAAAGACAAAGCUCACCCUAUCCACACAUUCCAAUCACACAAACACACACACACACACUCCAAAAAUUUAUAUAAAUAUUUUACUAUGUAGUAGAGCCAUAGGCAAACAUUUGUAUUUUAUUUAAUCUCUAAGCUAAUCUUCUAAGUAAUCGCCCACAAAGGCAAGCACAUGCACUAUCACUUGCUCUAGCUUAAGUUUCCAAUAUUCCCCAUUUUCCCUACGACAUUCCUCCUUGGCGGGGUGCUUUUGUUUCACCCCACAAGGGCUGAACCCAGACAUUUACAGCAAUCAGAAGUUUUUCUAAAAGAAAAACACCCAAAAAAAACAUACAUUCCAACAAAAGUGCUAAAGAAUGAAACGAAAGUAUUUUUUUUUUAUAUUUAUUUGUUAUCUGUAAUUAUUAUUAUUUUAUUAUUAUUAUUAUUGCUAUUAAUAUUGUUAGUGAUAUUAAACGAAAGAACCAUCGAAUCGUGCCUAACUAAAAAUCUAAUCGAUCAUUCAGUGCAGAAGGGUCACCACCAAAACUGAUAAGCCUGCCUGCAAGCAAUUAUG